AUGGUUGGAAAUGCUCUACCGCCGAUUUUCAUCAUUGUCUGGCUGGCUUCGGAGAAUUCGCCGAGCAGAUACGACCAUACAAGACCCGGGCCAACAGCAACAGGACUUUGCGUGGCGAGUAUCAUUUUUGGAUUUAUUGCUUCUGCGCUGAUGGUUCUCAGCUGUUGCUUAAUCAAAUUUCCAGCGGAGAGGAAUUCCCAGCAACAGGAUUACAUUUUCGAUCCCGAUCAUACGAUGCGAAACAUGGGAAAUGAGGGUUUGACUUUUGGAGGUAACAACACGUCGCGAAAUAUUCAACAUCCAGACGUUGGUUAUGCGCUUUCGAACAGACUCUGA